GAGAGCGAGAGAGAGAGAGACUCUACUACAAUUUGAAGAGGAGAAGGGAAGACAGCGCAUCCACAUAAGGAAGGUAGAGAGAGAGAGAGAGAGAGAGAGAGAGAAGGAGGAGGACAGUAACAAAUCGCUUCUAUCCUCCGAGACACGGUGCUGGUGUGGCCGACGUAGCUAGCAGCAUCACCUCGCCUUCUGCGCAUCAUCCGCGGCUCCGUCUCGCAGCUGCCCGGGAGAAGACUAUCUGAGUCUCAGCAAGGCCCAGGUGGAACGCCUCGCUUGCUGGGAGAUAAGGUGAAUAGGUUUUGAUCCUGAUCUUUGGUUAUACAGCUGGAUCAAGAUGAUGGAGCACUUGCUGUGUCUGCUGGUCCUCAGCUCAGUAGCCCUGCAGGAGGCUGUCGGGGGAGACGUGUGUGUAUCGGGUCAUGACAGUGGGCCAUUGUUUGAAGAACAGCCAAGCAGUUUAAUCUACCCAGAGGGCCUGAGUGAAGGCAAAGUGACCCUAAGCUGUCAGGCCAGGGCCAGUCCAACUGCAUCCUACAGAUGGCUUGUGAAUGGCACAGAGGUCCCGCUGGGUUUGGACCUGCGCUACACACUGGUGGCUGGAAACCUGGUGAUCAGCAGCCCUGAGCCUACUCGAGACACAGGCUCCUAUCAGUGUCUGGCCAUCAACCGCUGUGGCACCAUCAUCAGUCGAGCAGCUAACCUCAAAUUUGGCUACCUCCAUGACUUCCCACCAGACAGCAGGAGUCCUCAGACAGCAUAUGAAGGCGUAGGAACUUUCCUGGCCUGCCAGCCCCCUAUACAUUACCCAGCUCUAUCCUACCGCUGGUUGAUCAACGAGUUUCCCAACUUCAUCAAGAAGGACGACAGCCGCUGGUUUGUGUCGCAGGUGACAGGUAACUUGUACGUGGCUAGAGCCGAGCCAAACGAUACGGGGAACUACUUCUGCUUCACCACCAUCAACAUGGACAUCAGCACCAAGAGCACCUUCAGCAAGGCCAACGCACUCACCGUGCUGCCCGACGCCAAUCCCAGGAAGUCAGCGCCGAGCAUCAAAGUGCGCUUCCCUGCAGAGACCUACGGGCUAGCAGGACACACCGCUCAGUUAGAGUGCUUCGCCUAUGGAAAUCCAGUCCCAAAACUGCGAUGGAGGAAGGUGGACGGUUUGAUGCCGUCCAAGGCAGGCUCCAGUGCUGAGAGCCCCACCCUCAUCCUGCCAGAACUCUCCUUCGAUGACGAGGGUCUUUACGAAUGUGAAGCCUACAACUCAGAGGGAAGUGACACAUACCAGGGGCGCAUCAAUGUGCAAGCUCAGCCGGAGUGGUUGCAGGUGAUGAGCGACUCGGAGGUGGAGAUCAGUUCCGAGCUUGUCUGGGGUUGUGUUGCUGCUGGUAAACCCCGACCCUCGGUACGCUGGCUACGCAACGGACAGCCACUCAGCACACAGGACCGGGUAGAGGUUAACGGGGCUCGUCUUAAAAUCAGUAACCUGGCCCUGGAGGAUUCUGGGAUGUACCAGUGUGUGGCUGAGAACAAACAUGGCACAGUAUACUCCACUGCCGAGCUCAGAGUCCAAGUUCAGGCCCCUGACUUCCGGUUGAAUCCAGUAAGGAGACUGAUCCCAGCAGCCAGAGGGGGACAGGUGAAGAUGGAGUGUCGCCCUCGAGCUGCCCCCAAGCCUAGCCUGUUUUGGAGCCGUGGGACAGAGCUGCUCACCAACAGCAGCAGAGUCACAGUAACUCCAGACGGCGUGUUAUGGAUCAACAACAUCAGCAGGGCAGAUGAGGGGAAAUACACCUGCUUUGCUGAAAACUACCUGGGCAAAGCCAAUAGCACCGGACACCUGUCUGUCAGAGAUGCCACCAAGAUCACGCUGGCUCCUUCCAACGCUGACAUCAACCAGGGGGAGAACGUGACGCUACAGUGUCACGCUUCCCACGACCCCACCAUGGACCUCACCUUCACCUGGGCCCUCAACGGGGUCCUUCUGGAUCUGGAGGCCUCGGCCGGGCCGUACCAUCGGGUGGAGGGGAAGGAAAACAUUGGUGAUCUGCUGAUUGUGAAUGCUCAGCUGAGUCAAGCAGGGAUGUACACGUGCACAGCUCAGACUGUGGUGGACAGCGCUUCGGCUUCAGCCAAACUAGUAGUUCGAGGCCCCCCAGGACCUCCUGGAGGACUACUGGUGAAGAACGUGGCUGAGUCGUCGGUGGAGCUCAGGUGGAGUCGUGGCUACGAUAACCACAGUCCCAUCGGCAAAUAUGUCAUCAUGGGCCGGUCCUCGCUCUCAGCAGGGUGGAAGAAGAUGAGGACAGAGCCGGUGAACAUCGAAGGGAAUGCAGAGUCGGCUCGUGUGAUGGGACUGAUGCCCUGGAUGGAUUAUGAAUUCCAGGUCAUCGCCAGCAACAUCCUGGGCAGCGGCGAGGCCAGCCUGCCCUCACACACCAUCCGCACACAGCAAGCAGCUCCCACAGUGGCCCCCAGCGGUCUUGGAGGUGGAGGAGGAGACCGCAAUGAACUCAUUGUUACCUGGACGCCCAUGGCCAGAGAGUACCAGAACGGUGACGGCUUUGGCUACACUCUGGCAUUUAAGAAGAAAGACACGCCAUCUUGGACUGUGGUGCGUAUUCCUCAUGUGGAGUCAUCCCGAUAUGUCUACUACAAUGACAGCCUGACGCCGUACACUCCCUUUGAGGUAAAGAUAAAGGCUUACAACCGCAGAGGAGAAGGUCCAUUCAGCCAGAUCGCUGUGGUCUACUCUGCAGAGGAAGAGCCGACAGUGGGACCGUCAACCAUCAACGCCACGACGCUGAGCGCCUUUGAAAUCCAGGUUUCAUGGGAGUCAGUCCAGCAGCACAGCGGCAUCCUCAGAGGAUACGAGAUCCGGUACUGGCGGCAGCAUGAACGGGAAGCAGCAGCAGACCGAGUGCGAACAGCAGGACUGGAAACCACAGCUAGAGUGUCUGGACUCAGACCCAGCACUCGAUAUCACGUCGCCGUUCUGGCGUACAACAGCGCCGGCACGGGGCCGCCCUCGCCACGCACUACCGUCACCACCAGGAAACCACCUCCUAAUCGUCGUCCAGGCAACGUGUCAUGGAGAACUGAUGCCUCAUGGGUAACAGUGAGGUGGGAUCCUGUGAAGGCCAUGCACAAUGAGUCCGCUGUACUGGGGUACAAAGUUCUGUACAAACACGAGGGCCAGGCAGCGCUGAAGGUUCUGGACCACACCAAGACGUCCGUGAGCCUGCCGCUGCCAAAAGACAACGGUUACGUUGUGUUGGAGAUUCGGUCGUGGGGAGAGGGCGGGGACGGGCCAGCACACGAGAUCAUCGUGUCCCGGGACUCCGGAACGGGUAUGAUGGUGCAGAACAAGGCCUCCUCCACACUGUCCACUCCCCCUCUCCACCUCCUCACUGGCUUGGUUCUACUCACUCUUGUGUCGUUGACGGGCCUGUGAUCUCAGCCAUCUGUGGACCUUUUGAUUUGAACGGCUUGGAGCUAAAGUUUCCUGUGUUUUGGGUCGGUUGGGUGGGUUCCAGUGGUCUGGGAAGGUUGUAGCACGGGAUUGGACGGGUGUUAGAGAAAGGUGGGAUUUCAUUUUUUUUUUAAAUAAAAUAAAACAACAAAAAGGGUCUUUAAAAAAAUAAAAAGUCUGGAUGUGUUGAAGGUGGUUGUGUAUUUGUGUACUGGUGUCAGUCAAACCAUGCCUUAUGGGGACCAUCACAUCUGCUGCUCACGCAUCACAGACUUCAGGUGUAAAUUAUUCUUAGAAACAAUGAUGUGUAUAACUGGUGUACAUACAGUACAGUCUUGCAUGUGAUGGGGGUCUGCCUGUUCACUCUGAGAGCAACUUGACUGAUAAAUAUCUGUAUUCUGACCGCUGUGAAGGUCUGCAUCAAAAAUAGCUCUUCAUGCAUUUUUUCCUGUUUGGUAUGUACUGUUGUUGUUGUAUUGGCACUGUUUCCAACAUCCUGAUAAAAACGGUACAUUUCAUAAUGCAGCUUUUCAGUCUUGGGAAAGCCCUUCGACACUGAAAAUUGUUCUGGAGAACAAUGAGAUGUCUUGGAAUGGUUUUGAAAUGAAAAUUAGAUAGCUACAUAAACUUACUUUAGCCACAACAUCCCCAUAUUUCCAUAUUUAAUCAGGCGCUCUUGUUGCUCACAGUGUGAACACCAAAUAAGAGUCAGUCCUCGAAGCACUGAAGAACCGUUUCUUGUUGAUUUCAAGCUCCUCCUAAUGUCUGUAGGCUUGUCGUGUUUUUGUCUCAGCUGUAAUUAUAGCAAGCUAUAGAAUUUUGUCAGCGGUCCAAAUGAAUGUUUACAUUUUCUAUUUUUAAGGUCUCAUUUAUGGGGAAGUAAAAUUGGAUAGAUGAAGGGAGUAUUUCAUUCUUUGUUUACAUUUGUUGUGCCUGCAUUGUUAUAUGUCCAAAUAACAAAAAUGCUUUUGUCCAGUGUUUAUUGGGUUUAUUGCAGCAACUUUUAGGCUGGUAGGUUGAUAUGAAUUGCCCGCGGCUGCAAGAGAUUAAAGAGUUGGUCUCCAAAGGUAUCAGAGUGCAGAUAACGGUGUCAUAUAUCUUCUUAUUGUAAUCCUGUCAGUAUCUAUCAGCUCUGAUGAAACCUGUCUGGUUCACUGCAGUUUACAGGACGGAUGUAACCUCCCCUUAUCAGGUCCGUUCAACAUGUCACACAUGGACAUCAAGUGCUUACGAUUUUUGUCUUUAACUUUAUUUGUUGGUUGAUUUGCUCUGAAAUGUUUGCCGUGAACAGUUGAAUACUCAAUAAGCUUACUGAUGCUUUGGGUAUCAACAGGUUGUUUUCUGAUCAGCAGGGAUGUGUUUUUAAUACACUCGUGCUAAAAACAUAAGAAGACAAAAGAAAUGUUUUAAAAAUGCCAAAAUCAUUGCGCAAAACAGCUUGCAAGUUGAAUUGGAAGGUUCUCUGUCACCCGGUAACUCUGGGUAGGAGAUCCAAAGGAACUCACAAGCUUUAAUAUUUGAAUGGUCUAAACAACCAAAACUUUUAUGUGUUUUUUCUGUUUUACAUUUUAUAUUUUGCAAGUUGUUGAAUGACACACUACUUGAUUGAUGUGCUUUAUUUUCAGGUAAAUGUAACUUGCUUUAAAGUUUUUCUCUUAUGUCAUUUAAUGUAUAUUAUUUUUGGAAGGAAAUAUUUUCUAUGAACACUGGAAAAGCGAAAAAUGUACACCCUGAAUUUCACUUUGUAUGCUAUUAGCUGAUUGUCAUUAUUAUUAUUGCUUACAUGAUCUUUGCUUAGUACAAACUGAGAUUUAAAUUUGGUUAAGACUAGUGCUGUCAAACGAUUAAAACAUUUAAUCGCAUCAAUGUCAUAGUUAACUCGCAAUUAAUCGCACAUUUUUAUCUAUUCUAAAUGUACCUUGAUUUCUUUUUGUCCCAUUAUUUUUUCUCAACUUAAUGCUCUUAUCAACAUGGAAAAGUGGAUUGACUUUUUGCAAAAAAAAAUUAUAAUGAAAACAACAUUGGCACAUGUAGUGAGUGUUUGUAGUGUUAAUAAUAAUCUCUCACACAAUGUUUCCAUCAAUUCAAGGGUGAAAAAUAUACAUUGACGAGGGGGGGUGGGGAAUUGGCAUCAGCUGUGUAUUUGGCAAUCAAGUGGUAUUUCAGACUGGAAAAAACACUCAGAUCAGUAUUGCCAAUGGAACCAUUUGGCAACUUUUAAAAAGUAAACUUUCCAUCCAUAAUCCAUAAUUUCGGCAUCUCGCGCACUCCAUCCACUCAAAAUGUAACAUUACUACUCUUUGGCCGGCUCGCAAGCCCAAACAAGUGUGUACGGCGUGCCUGUUGUUUUGUUUCCGGUCUAGCUAGAUCCGCUGUGGUGUUGUAGUUUUUCUAACGUUACUAGUUGUUGCAACCAGUGUUAAUUUUGACAGCAAAUUCUGAUUUAGUCUUUUGAAUAACACAACAGUUAGUUUUGGUCAUAUUUUAGUCUUUUUAUCUGAAAUCUUUUAGUCAUAGUCUAGUUUUAGUCGACUAAAUAUCAUAAGAGUUUUAGUCUUAGUCUAGUUUUAGUAGACCAAAUAUUAGCAGAUUUUAGUCGACUAAAUCUACAGAGGACUUGUUUCUCCAGAAUAUCUGGUCAUUGGAAGUAUCCAUCAGUCUGUUUUGGAGAUGGUAUUAAGGUUUGAAUAUGCAAUACAGAUAGACACCGAGUUAAUGGUUGUAAUACAAAACAUGAAGGGUUAGAGUUAACUAACUAUGUUAACUGUUGCGCCUGCAUUUGCCCCGGGUUUUUAAAACAACUCUGCUGCUUCUGCAUAGAUCAACCUACCCUCAAAGAUUCGCUCUGAUUGGAUUUCUUCCAAGCAUGUCCCA